GCCAGGCUAAGGAAUGUACAUGAAGUCUGGUUGUAUAUAUGCGGGCACAUAUACGAAACUUGUACAUGAAAUUUACCCAAAUUUGUGUACAUCAGAGCCCAGGCUGGACUAAUAAAUAGCUGGAUACCCCGGUAGUGUCAUUUCGUGAACGGAUGACAGAUGAAAGGGGGACAACUCUGCAUCAAAUCUGAACUGCUGAGAACCAUGGUUAUCACCCUUCGUCCAGUGAGAGAAUAGUGAAAAUGUGAUCACUUCACUUGGACCUUGAAGAAAAAGAAGACUUCCUGAAGCAAUACAAACAUCUCGUGUGAUAUUUACUUCCCAUCUCCCAUCUGUGAUAUAUUAACUUCCCUUGUUACUUAUUCGCCAUUCCCCUGCUGGUGCUAACCUGAGUGCUAUCCCUUUGUAAAUUGAACACCGAGUUAUGUCCCUUGUCUGAAAUGUGAUCAAGAGUUUUAUUCCUUGAAUAUACAUUGUAUAAUUUGAUGUAUAAAGUUUAUCAGUUUGGUGUUGCAAAUAUUUCAUCUGAGAGAGAAAGUACUGUAGUACAUAUUGAACGAAGAGAAAUGUAUUAGUGUGCAUGUGAUUUACUGUCGAGAACAUUUGAAAUAUAUAGCGCCUGAACAACCUGCCUGCCAGACAUUGAAACUCUAUGGUGCGCGUUAUUUAUCGGGCACACGCAGACAAGAUUAUUUUUUUGUCAUAUAUAUAGUAGGGACUUGUGUUUGCAGUCUAGGUGCUGGCAACUUGAAGAUAUAUUGUCAAAGUUUGAAAUUAAUCACAUUUUAUAGAGUGUCGCUCCUUUCUUGUGAUUUUUGUCGGUGUUGCUUUUAUUCAUAAAGAAGCCUGCAUUGACUUGGUCUAGACAUGUUUUAAUAUUCCUAAGAAACACGGUGUAAAUUUUGUAAUUAUUAAGAAUUUUUGUCUUUCUGUGUGAGCGACCUUGAUUCGCUUCAAGUUUAUAUAUGAGACAGCAAUAAUACCAAUCUGCUAUAUUGGUUACUUGUUAGUGAUAAACUACUUUAACGACCCUUUCCGCUGAAUUUUCUGUCGUGUCAGACGGUUGUGAUAUAACGAUUCCGAAAAAUGUGCAUGUGUCGAUUAACAUUGUACCUGUGAUCUCGUUAGAUGUAAAUGUUUUUAUAUUGUGUAAGACAGCUAUUUUAAGUAUAAUUUGCUUUGUUAAAAGUUACAAAAGCUUCAAAAAUUUUAAACAUUAUAAACAACAAAAUUUGAAAAAAAGAGUAGAAAUUGAAAGUUGAAUUUGACGUUGAAUUGUGUUUAAUGAAUACGACAGUAAAAGGAUCAAUUGACAGUUUGUCAAAGUAAUACUGCUACAAGUUAAACACUUUUUGGAAAGAAAAAAAGGAUAUGGUAUUCAGACAGGAAAAAGUGUGAACAGAAUAUUGAUAAAACAACCAGCAAAAACUAGAGCAAAAAUGUGGAGAUCAUCACAUAGCACACCUACAGGCCACAAUUACUUCUGUCGGUAACCUUGGUGACAGUUACCAUGGACAUGAAGGAGGAAGACGUCGCGGCCCAGCUCGCCCACGCCCUCGCAGCCCAGGGUACCAGCGUAUCCCACACUUGGGCAGUCAGCUCUGCACCCCAGGCCCACACAUCAAUGUUGACCUCCUCAGCUGACCCUCUUCAUCUCUCAGCCCCGCCUCCAGCACACGCCCACACAGCAACAACCAAUCAGAAACCCCCUGACACUUAUCUCGUGGACAAAACGUUGCUAGAGGCAGCAGCUUCAUACUUGGACACGACUGUAAAGAAUCUGGCCACAAGCAACGCACACACGCCAGUCUCUGGAGGAGAUGCAGCAGCGACAUCAAUACCGUGGGCACUACAACAACAGUUACUACAACAAUACGGCCAUCUCAUGCUGGAGAAAAUGAUAGCCAAGCAAUCAGAGGGAGGCGGGGCAGUACCUGCAACAGCCACUACUGACAUUGAAGUACAGCCCCAGUCCCUCAUCUCUACCAACACAACAACUUCCACAAGCGUGAAGGCGGAGACUUCCGAGCCCACGUCAAUAGAAGCACAGAGAGAUGUGUACAGGAGAAUGUUGAACUUCUCUAUGAGUAACCCACUAGCACAGCAAUACUACCUGUCCCAGUAUGGAUAUAACUAUAUACAGGACCGAUCGUUGUUCGCGAAAUCAGAUUCUGGCCAGGGUUCAUCAACAACGGCCACCCUGGGAACCCAGUCUUCUGUCUCCGUGGGCAACGGUUCCCAGCUGCCUAGCAUUGACUCUGUGCUGCUAAACCUCUCUACCAAGAAACAGAACGGGAAGCAGGUGUCAGCUACCACGGCAACCGCGGGAAACGUUGCUUCUUCACAUGUUUAUGUCCCUAUUACAAACUCUGUUCCUGCGUACGGCCUACAGACACUAGCCAACGCUGCGAUAGAAGCUGACCCAAAGGCCUUCCAUGAGGCCGACCAUGACCGUAAAGAUGUCCACCAUAAGACUGAACUAGAAGAUGUGACUGACACUGACAGCAGUAACCUCUCACCGUCCGAUGGGAAUACCAGUCAGAUCAUGUCUCCGCCCCGCAAUACAUACAGCCAUCUGAUGGAAACCAGUCCACAUUUAAGUAUUCCUGCCGCCCAUUCCCAUCAGCUACAAGGAUUGUACCAGUCCAAGUCGGGUAUUGGUACCCUGCCUUCUAUACACCACUUCUCUACGGUGGGGAAACCAGCUGCUGCAAAGAUACAGGAAACCCCUUCCAUGCAGGUAGACUGGUUCAUGAAUCAGGGCAAUAGUUUAUUGCCGUUAUCGGGUGGAAUCAAGCCGUCAGACCUGGUUGCUGCGGCAAUGAAGCUGAAAAUGGAAGUGACGGAAGAGAAGGAAAUAGCCGACCGAACAAUACAGGAAAAGAUCGCCGCACAUCAACUACAACAACAGGUGUCAGACCUGACAGCGAGUGCCCUGGCAGCGGGGAAUCUGGAUGCAGCUGCUCUGCUGGCCAAGCUUCAAGCUUCUAACCUGGAGAAUGAGUUGCACAGACUCUAUGAUGCGGAGACUCUGCAGGCCUUGCAGCACGAACCUAUGGACAUUCCUGCAGAUUUGUCCCCUACAUCAGCGUCUCGCAGGAAAAGUCGUGGUCGUCCAACUUCAAUUGAGAGUCUCCGAGACCCGCUUGGUCGCCAAACCUCUACGAUGUCAAACAUCAGCGCAACAAGCACAGUUCUUAGCGGAGAAUCUGAGUCCGACCGUACAUAUGACUGCGAGAUUUGUGGGAAGCAGUUUUCACAUAACGACCGACUACGACGACAUCGGAAGAUUCACACCACAGAUAAGCCGUAUAAAUGCGACAUCUGUGGGAAGGGAUUUAAGGAAAAGUGUAACCUGAAACACCAUCGGUUUAUACACACAGGAGAGAAGCCCUACAAGUGUGAUACAUGUGGGAAAUCCUUCAACCAGAGGAGCAGCCUUAAGACUCACCAGAAAGUACACACAGGAGAGAAGCCAUUCAAAUGUGAGCUGUGUGAGAAACCAUUUGCACAGAAAUACCUGCUGAGACAACAUAUGAAAAAACAUAUUGAACUGAACAUGGCAACUUCUUCAACCCCGAAUCCCGCCCAACAAAGGCUUGCAGGCGGAAAUUUACCAGAUGAUGGUGGAAAUUUACCGUGAAGCAAUGAAAUUUACUGGAAAUAAAUGGAAACUUACCAUAAAAUAUUGGGAGUGAUAGUGGAAAGUUACCUGUGGGAUUUGAUAAUAAAAUAGUGGAAAUAUACCUUUAAAGCUGUGGAAUUUAUUUUAUGUAAUUUUCCAUAUAACAGUGGACUUCUGCUAUUUUACAGGUGAAACUUUUGUUAACAGAUAAUAGAACAUUAUGUUUUAUAAGGUGCACAUAAUGAAGACGAAUAGAAAACAUUGAAAGUUAACAUUGAAAAGUGGAAAAUUAACCUUUAACAGUGAAUAUCUACCAGCAAAUAACGGAAAUAGUGCAGAAAGGAGUAGAUAUUUAUAUAGGCAUAUCUCUGUGUUGCAUAAAUGGUAAAACCAGUUACUAAUAUAUAUGUGUUGCAUGAAAGGUAAAACCAGUUACAUAUUUGUGUUGCAUAAAAGGUAAAACCAGUUACAUGUAAUAAUGUUGCUUGUCCAUUUUGUUUGUAACUCACAGUUCCAUAUCAUGUUGAAAAGUGUAUUAAACUUAAAGUUUUGUUAUGUAAAGUUUUGCAAAACUAAUUUUGAAAAAUGCACUUUUGUUUAAUAUUGUGUUUUAUAUUUCCAGUGCUUUUAUUUUCAAUGUUUUAUUAAUUCCUACAGUCAUAAAAAAGUACAAAUAUGGGUUGUCACAAUACGCCAGGAUAUUACAACAGUAUAUUGCAAUGUUUACAAAGUAACAAACCGCGAUACCUACCACGGUAUAUUGUAAUAGGAAGCAGCAUACCACGUUUCCUACCACGGUAUAUUGUAAUAGGAAGCAGCAUACCACGUUUCCUACCAUGGUAUAUUGUAAUAGGAAGCAGCAUACCACAUUUCUUACCACGGUAUGUUGUAAUAGGAAGCAGCAUACCACAUUUCUUACCACGGUAUAUUGUAUGUAAUACAAUUCAACAUACUGCGAUACCUUCCACGGUAUGGUGUUACCUACCAUGUUAUAUUGUAAAACAAUGCAAUGUACCGUUUUACCUACCACGAUAUAUUACUGCAAUUAAAUUUGAAUAAAAAAUAAGAGCCUCCCUUUCAUAUGCCAACUGUUUAAUCCAGAUGAUCAGAAGCUGAUUUUUUUGCUAAAACUGUGACUAGGAACACGGCUUGGAACAUAGAACAUGCUUAAUAUAUUCAAAUAUAGGAUGCUAAACGUAAUUGUAUUUGCUCCAUGUUCAUUAUUUUUAUACAGCUGCUGAGAGUAUUGCAAAUUUUACAGACCACAUUUAUUCAACGAUUCAUAAGUGUUCCAAUAUUUCCCUUUAAAGCUGCACUCUUACAGAUUUAACGUUUUGACAACUUCUUUUAUUCUUUGUCUUGGAACGAAGCAUUUUUUUGCGAAAACGCAUGGAAACCGGUCAUAUAAUACUGGUGACAAAAAGUAGAUCACAGAUUUUUGUAUUUAAGUUCAAGAAUUGAGGUUUUAUGCUAUAUAAUUGCUAACCACUACAUAAUCUGUUAUUGGUUAAUGGUCCGAACCAUAAAUGUUUUGAUUACCGGUAGGCAAUACUUAUAAAAGAUGAAUUGUUUUGCUUAUUUACUUUGAACAUGAGCGAUACAUGCAAAUACUGCCAAAACACCAUUACUGCAGUAUCAUUUAAUUUUGCUUUAUACGUCAAUGUACUGGUAUAUUGUGACACCCCUAGUAAUAAUAUUGUCAAGCUUUAGUAAAAUACUUUUUGCGUAACAUGUUCAGUUUUAUAAACAUGUUACUGGACAACUCCGCAUGUCACAGGCAUGUUAACCACACAUUGUUAGUAAAUAUGUAGUUUCUUGUGCCAAUUCGACAAGGGUACUUGUUUUAGUUAAGGGGAUGAAUUUUGCAGAAUUACAUAGAGUAUUUGUUUUUAAAUAAUUGAUUUAAAAUUAUUGCUAUUUUUUUAUAUUUGGAGCUGAACAAAAUGCCAUAUAUUACACUGUUUUUUUACCAUAUUGCGAACAGGUGCCAGGGCCCUUAGAAUUUGCAAAAUGCCUAUUAUUAUGGAUUUAUCCAGCCCCUUGGUAGAAUUUACAGGGGCUUUCCCCCGUUAAGCUAAUGGAUUUGAAACAUUUUAUGAGCAUAAGGUUGCAUUUAAACAUUGCUGUUUAAUAAAACCCACUGUUACACUAUAACAGCCAUACAUCCAAGGAGAAAAUCCCGCUAUAACACUAAUGGUGGAUACAAGAGGUGUCCAAAAAAACCUAUAACACUAAUAUUGGAUCCAAGGGUCGUCCAAAAAUACACUAUAACACAUAUGUUGAAUACAAUGGGUGUCUUAAAAAGACCUCACUGAGAAUAUAUAGUGAUAUAUUUAGAUGUUUCACAUUGACUAUGAAAUUACUGUAUAAAUAUAAGUUGAGUAUCAAAACCAUGGUUUAAACCUGUAUAUAGAUGAUGCAAGUGCUCGGCCCAACAUGGGAGUAACUCUGUCCACUGUUAGCUUGUCUAUUCUUUAUUAUGCAAAAACAAGUAACCUAACUUGGCUAUAACUCAAAAACCACUCAAGAUAUUCAAAUGCAACUUGGUCCACAUGUUGCCAGAGACUAGACACACAAUCUAGCAAGGCCCCUAAACCUGCCUUUCAUAAUUGUUGUUGAGAUAGGCCACUUAUUUUGGAUGUGCUACGACAGAGCAGCCUUCCCAGUGCUCUUCAAGAGUUAAGUCCGUCUUGAGCUGAGCGCUUGUUAUUUUCAUUGUGAUCAUGAACACAUUGUUAUAGAUACUAUAGAUACAUUGUUAAUUGCUUGUUGAUGUUGAUGUUCUCAUAGCUGUACAUAUAUUUUUAGGAAAAUACACAUGUUACUGUUUUUAUUACUUACUGCUUACAUUUCCUUUGAAGUUACUGUUACAAUUUGCCUCCCCUGUACGGCUGCAAUUACUGUUACAUUUUGCCUCCCCGUACAGCUGCAAUUACUGUUACAAUUUGCCUCCUCCGUACGGCUGCAAUUACUGUUACAAUUUGCCUCCCCCGUACGGCUGCAAUUACUGUUACAAUUUGCCUCCCCCGUAUGGCAUAGUUUAUUUGUUACAUGUUUUGUAAAUAUUUUGAGAGAAAAAAAUGAGAGGGUUGAACGCCAAAACGUUCUAAGUGAUAUUUAAGGCGUUUGAUGAACAAUUUAGCCUGUCGUUGCACUGAGCUACAGGUUACAUGAUUGAAACUUUCGUUGCCUGGUGACCUCGUUUAAUUUUAGUAUCAUUUAAAGGGAAUUUUCAAACUGUUGAUAACUUAUAUGUAUAUAAAUGUCUGUAAAAACAUGAACAAUAAAGAUAUUGCAAUUCAAUUUUUUGUAUUUUAUUUCAAACUGAAAUCGGACCUGAAAUGGCUCAAAAGUUAUGUUUCCAAUAUUUGUUUUGAUAAAUGUUUUUCAUUUUCUCUUUUUUUACUAAUAAAACCGUUUGAAAUGAUACCAAUACAAUGCCAUCGAAAAUUAGCAUGCUGUACACGGGACACCUUAAGAUAGCCGCACUUGCAUUGUUUUUGUUGUCACUUCCUCUCAAAUGUUAAGUGUGCUAUUUUUGUUAUUGAUUUGUGUUGUAAAUAUUAUUAUGUUGAAUGCAUUACUGCGUUAACUUCCUGAAAAAUUUCAGACAAUUAACACAGUUUUGCAGUCAUCAAUGUGUCAAAGGAUGAAUGCAAAAAUGUUCUAACUAAAAUUAAAUAAAGAAGCAUUUAGAACAUUUUCGUUAUCACCCAUAGAUGUAUAAAUGUUGAUGGCAUAAAAUGUUUGUAGGAUUUGUUAAAAUGUGCUAUAAGUUUAAUAUGUAGAUACUAGAAAUAAAUAUGUAUAGUGUUAAAACGUUUCUUUCUAAAAGAAACUGGGUCAGAAUUCAUAAAACAACCUGAGCAAGUUCCUAACUUGAGUUUAUUAUACGUGUAGUACUUAAAGUGACACUCAUACUAAAAGUCAACACAUACACAUGUAUAACAAAUAUAAAUUUAUGAUUGAUAAACUAAUAACUAAACUUUAACUUUUAACUUUAACUACUUAUUAAAUCAUGCAUUUAUGGAAAAUAUUGAUAACUAAUAACAAGAUUGUAACCAUGUAUUUAAUAGCUGAAAACGCACAAAUAUUAAAUGACUGGUGAGUCCUAAAAGAUUUACAGUGAUCAACUAUCGUCUCAUAAGGUAGAAAUACCAUGUUUUAUGCACCUUUCUUUCAAAUUAAACACAAUGUCCUUCAUCAGAACCAUAUUUAUUAUAUUUAUUCAUCUUUUUUUUGAAAAAUAAAACAAUUGUAUUAAUUUAGGUACAUUUUUGGGGGGAAUAAGAGUGCAUCUUAAAGAAAAGGACUGUAGUUAGAAAUUCACUUACGAUGCUUUAUGAAUAAUGUCCCUGGUCAUCUGCUGUUAUUGUGUGUUUUUCAGAUCUGAUGUUUAACAUGUACAGUGCACUCAAGAAGUCUUGGGAUGGUAGUCACUUCCAGUAUUUGUUUUUGCUGAAAAGUCUUCAUUUUGUUUAAAAAAAAUCCUUAUAUAAUAUGGCAGCUUUAUGAAAGAAAAGAAAAAUAAUAAAAAAAUUCUUGAAACAUAAACAAAAUAUUUUGUAUAAUGUUCUUAUACUGUGUUUAACAUCGGAUAUUUCUGAUUAGGUGUAAGACUUUCAGAGGGUGCUGCAUGUUAUGUUGUUGUAAGACUUUCAAAGGGUACUGUUUGUUACACAGUUAUGUUAAUACUGUUCACAAAUUCAUGUAGGUAGCGUAUUGCCUUGUUGUUUUAAGACAAACUGUUCCAAAAUGGCUAUGGAAUCUCUUCCAUAAUUGCUGUUGAAAAUGUUCUAUACUUGGUAAAGGAACCGUUUUAAUACGGCUAAUAAAAGACUGAUCCAUUUCCCUCUCAUGAACAAACAUUGUUAAAUUUUGGUGCAAAAGCGAUGUAAGUUGUGUAAGAAAGAUAUGCAUUUAGCCUUUUUAGCUUUCAUUCUAGAUUUUGCUAUCUUCUAUAAAGGGGAUGCUUUUAUCACAUGACAUUUAACAUUGAAACACCUUAUGAUGUUAUAAUAUUUUUUUUAAAAAUAAGACUAAAAAUAGUACACUUUUUAAAUAUUUUCAGGAAGAUUUUUUUCCAAGUGAUUAUUGGCACUACAUACUUCUGUUUGUUGUUAUUUCUGUCCGUUCUUGUUGGAAUUAUAUUUUGCAAGUUUUAUGACACAGAAUUACAAUAAUAAAAUACUUUUUUCAUCGUCUGAUGUCCCUAAUGCACUAAUUGUACUUUGUUUCAUAUAAAUCAUGGCACAUUUAAAUGGUUUUAAAUGGCGAAAAAAUACUUAACAAUUCUUAACACAAAAUAUGCAAUGUUACGUCAAAGGUCAUGCCACUUUUAGCUAAUAUGAUGCCAUAUAAGACCAGACUUAUCUGAUCAGUUCAAGGAUCAUGUUCAUAAAACAACUUGUGGCCAAAUGUUCAUCAUGGUUGAAAAUCAUAUUUUGAGGAUGAAUUUAAGAAAUGUGAUGUCUAAACAUGAUUUUUUUUAUAAAGCAAGAAAAUUGUCUAAAUAAUAAAUACAUAUGAAUAAUUUGGUUUAAAGGAGAGGGAAAUAUAAAAAAAAAAAAUAUUGUCCAAAAUAAGGAAAUGUUAACCCGAGUUAAAACUAUUUUGCUAAGAUGCUUUAGGAAUAAGACCACAGUUUUUCUUAGUUUAUUGGUAUGAUUCACACUAUUCAUUAUGACAGUUGUUCCUUCUUCAUCAUUAUUUUUCUAAAUGUUCUGGAGAUUUUUAUGUUCUGUGUCUAUGUUACCAUGGUAACUUGCAAACCAGUCUGUGAUCAAAUCAGCUAAACGCUUGAUUAUACUGCUGCUCCUUGUCAGUAAGAUGCUUAUUAAAUUUGUGAGAUUGUUUAUGUUGUAAACUUCAAUGUUUUUUAACACCCAGAACAGAAUAAGAACGUAUGUCAUUAAAAAUGUACAUGUAUUAUUUCUAAAAUAUUUUAAUUUUCCAUGCACUCAAAAUGAGUGGUUUGUUUAAUAUUUUAUUAAUAUGAUACACACUUACAAUGCUAAAUCAAGGAAAGACUUAGAUACGGAUAAAAAUAUGUAUGAUGUCAUAAACUGAUAAUAAUAUAUAUGACGUCAUAAAACUAAUAUAUAUGACAUCAUUUUACAAUUCCUUUUGAGUUUACGUUUUAAUACUACGUCUUGUAUGAAUUUAUUUUCUUUCUGAGAACGUGAAUUAGAGGUAUCAUUACUUCAUGUAGAAAAGUGAGUUGCUACUGUUAUUUCUUUUUUUCGAGGCUUUUAAAGAUGUUGCCUUGGUAAUAAUUAUGGCAUUUUGUUAAGUAUUUGUUGUUGGUUUUUAACUUGAUCAGGUUUUUAGCUUGCUAUACAUCAUACUUGACUAAAGAAUUUUGUCAGAUAAAUGUCAGAUUUAUGCCUAAAGUGUUCAAUUAUUGAACAGUCAUACAGAAGCAGUAUUUGUUUAAAAAUAAUGAUAAAACGUGAUGUAAAUUAUUGGAAAUAAUUAAAUCAACAUUUUUAUUCAAUUCAACUUUAACCUUAUUUGUUGGUUGAUUUGAUGAUUUUGUAUGUUCUUUUUGAUGUUUUGGUAAUGAGGACUUAGACUCUAAUUUCUACUUUCGUAAUUCAAUAUCUUUGUAAGUUCAAGAAUAAGACUUCUUUUAACAAGCGAUCUAUAAGAGACAUCACUUCCUAAUUUUUUUCUGGCAUAAGGUUAUUGGUGUUAUAAAUUUCUGUUCAAUGUUCAUCAAGCAUCUUAGAAACAUUUCAUCUCAUGUCAACUCUUACAACCUUUUAGCAUUUUUGUGUGUGUUUUUUUUAGUGACAUGUAUGGAAAACAAUGUUUUUCAAUCAUCAAGUUGUAGAAGUACAUGUAUUUAAUGUUUCACUUGAGUUAGUGUUAAGCAAAGACAUAUAUAUUUUGAAACAUGAUAAGUCAAGAAUUCAACUCGAAAAGAUGCAUGGCCUGGGGGCUGAAUUGCUCUAAUUAUUUAUGUCAUGAUAUGGUUUCAAACCUCAGCCACUAUUCUAAGUUUAGAAAAAAAAUAUAACAGUAUGAGACUCUCUUAUUUAAAGCAGCACUCUCACAGAUUUACCGUUUUUGUUACUUUUUUAUUUUUCGUCUGGGAAUGAGCAAAUAUUUGCGUAAAUAUCUGCAAACCAGUGACAAAAGACUGCUGACAGAAAAUCAGAUUGCAGAUUUUCAUAUUUCCGUGCCAAAAUUAAUGUUUUAUGGCUAAAACCGUUAACGGUUUAAGAAAAAUGCAUAAAACAUUAAUUUUUGAACUUAAAAAUAAAAGUCUGGUUUACUUGCAUUCUUGCUUAAAUUGGCUCAUUCAAAGACAACAAUUAAAAAAGUUGUCAAAACGUUCAAUCUGUGAGAGUGCAGCUUUAAAUAAAAGAAAAAAAACAUAUUUUCCUUUGCAAUGGUCUAAACAUCUUUUUUGAGCAAUGUUUAAAACCAGCACAUUUGAAAUGUAAUUAGGAUGUAUUAUGAAUACCCGAGGGCCCAUAUUCACUUUCGUUCAGUGUUCACACUCUUUAGUCCAAUUCUUGUUUGAAAUUAAUUUGUUUAAAAAAAUGGUGGAAGCGGCUCUUAAUGUGAAAAUAUAAUAACUUUUCUAUAAAUAGAAAUUACAUUGAGAAAGAGUCCUUUAAUCAAAUGAGAUUGUGUUAAAUUUAACAUUUCUAACAGUGAGUCUCAAACUGCAAUUCUACCUUUGCGUGAAUAUGGGGAGAGACUGCAUUGUGAUGUUAUUUUCUUUGUUAUAAAUUGUUACUUAGAUAUUAGAUGGAUGACGGCAAGACCGUGGUAGUUUCUACAUAUUGUUGGCUACCACACUCUCGCUGUCAACUCUGAAAUUGUUGUUAGUUUUUCUCUCAUAUGACUUUACGGUGUGCGAAUUAUGUAUCAAAUAUAUUAUACCCUGAAUAGCAAACAUUUGAGAAUAAAUCAUGAUAACUG